UGGCACCGGCCACUAGGGUUUCUCCUUCUUUUCUCCCCCGCUCUCGCGCUCCUCCCCCGUCGCCUAGCUAGGGUUUUGGCCUCUCCGCCGCCACCACCGCGCGAGAGAGACCAGAGCGAGUAGCCAGCCAUGUCGCUGCGUCCGAACGAGCGGGUGGAGGCGCGGAAGAGCAGCUACAAGUCGACGGUGGACGCCGAUGACGGGCGGCGGCGGCGCGAGGGCGACAUGGUGGAGAUCCGAAAGAGCCGCCGUGAGGAGAGCCUCCUCAAGAAGCGCCGCGAGGGCCUCCAAGCCCAGGCCCCCGUCCCCGCAGCCGGCGUCGAGAAGAAGCUAGAAAGCCUUCCUGCUAUGGUUGCGGGGGUUUAUUCAGAUGAUAUUAAUCUUCAGCUUGAGGCGACGACACAGUUCCGCAAAUUGCUUUCAAUAGAGAGGAGCCCUCCAAUCGAAGAAGUUAUCAAGUCAGGUGUCGUUCCUCGAUUUGUGCAAUGUCUUGGCAGAGAUGAUUUCCCACAACUCCAGUUUGAAGCAGCGUGGGCACUCACAAACAUUGCUUCUGGCACAUCGGAAAAUACAAAGGUUGUCAUUGAUCAUGGCGCAGUUCCAAUAUUUGUGAAGCUUCUUGGGUCUGGUAGUGAUGAUGUUCGUGAGCAGGCUGUCUGGGCGUUGGGAAAUGUUGCUGGCGACUCCCCCAGGUGCCGUGACCUUGUUCUUGAAAGUGGUGCAUUGAUGCCUCUGCUCGCACAGUUGAAUGAGCAUGCUAAACUCUCCAUGUUAAGGAAUGCCACCUGGACUCUAUCAAAUUUCUGCAGAGGAAAGCCACAACCAGCCUUUGAUCAGACUAAGCCUGCCCUGCCAGCACUUGCACGACUUAUUCAUUCCAAUGACGAGGAAGUUUUAACUGAUGCAUGCUGGGCUCUCUCGUAUCUCUCUGAUGGCACCAAUGACAAAAUCCAAUCUGUGAUUGACGCUGGUGUCUGUCCCCGGCUUGUGGAACUUCUCCUGCAUCCAUCACCCUCAGUGCUUAUACCUGCACUACGAACUGUUGGAAAUAUAGUUACUGGAGAUGACUCACAAACUCAGUGCAUCAUUGAUCAUCAAGCUCUUGCCUGCCUCCUAAGCCUCUUGACACAAAAUCACAAGAAAAGCAUUAAGAAAGAGGCCUGCUGGACGGUUUCAAAUAUUACUGCUGGUAACAAAGAUCAGAUACAGGCUGUGAUAAAUGCCGGAAUUAUUGGUCCUUUGGUACAUCUGCUGCAAACAGCAGAGUUUGAUAUCAAGAAGGAGGCUGCCUGGGCCAUCUCAAAUGCUACCUCGGGUGGUUCCCAUGAUCAAAUCAAGUAUUUGGUCAGCGAGGGUUGCAUCAAGCCAUUGUGCGACCUUCUUAUUUGCCCAGAUUCAAGAAUUGUUACAGUUUGUUUGGAGGGUCUUGAGAACAUUCUCAAAGUUGGAGAAACAGACAAGAAUUUGGGUGGUGAUGGGAAUGUAUAUGCCCUGAUGAUUGAUGAAGCAGAAGGCCUGGAGAAGAUUGAGAACCUGCAGAGUCAUGAUAACAAUGAAAUUUAUGAAAAAGCUGUGAAGAUUCUUGAGGCUUACUGGAUGGACGAGGAAGACGAUGCAAUGGGGGGUGCUAUGGAAGCUUCUCAAGGUGUUUCCUUUGAUUUCGGCCAAGGUGGCAACCCUGAUUUGAACUUGGGCUAAAUACAGAUUUGAUCGAUGGUGCUGGUUUCUCGUCGCUGCAGUUCACCAUUUGGUCCAGUCGAUGUGUGGGGGGGCGGUCCAAUAAGCUUAAAAGAUUUCGAAUGGGCAAUUAUUUCCAGCUGGUCCUGGGGUAUCAUGUCGCACGCAGUGUUUGUAACAGGAUUACAAUGGUCAUACUUGGGAGUCUGUUUUUUUUUAUCAGGCUACUAUGUAGGGUUUGCAUCUUUAGUAUGGUGUGCUAUUUUGCUACUGUAUAGCCUGAGUUAAGGUUCUGCAACUCUUGAGAGGCCGUAGUCAACGUUCCUGAAUGGUGGUUUGGUUUUGAGAAUCUUCAGGAAUGAAUAGUUGCAAUUCGUACGAACUUAUGAACCCUAAUGCAUCCUCUUUUAUGUUA